AUGAUAAUUGGACGUACAUUAACACAAGAAAUACGUUUAAUGACUCGAAGAUUUCCGGUGGAAGUUUACCCACUUGUUACGGUUACAUCAUUUGCGCUUUGUUACGCAGUCGUUGCUACUUACCAUUUACAAAAGAUAUAUACUGUUGGAUUUGCUGCAGUUUAUGCUAUUUUAGCACCAUUUGGAAUAGCGGGAAUUAUUGGAUUUAUGAUCCAGUAUUGGAUUGCCACAAUUGCAUUUGUUGGAUUAAGUGUUGGAUUGAUAACAAUGGCCGGCAGCAGUAAAAGAGACACAUUCAUCAAAUGUAAAGGUGAAUUUCCUCCUAAUAGUGAAGAAGAUGUUAGACAAAUUUGUAUAAAUAGGGUUUUGGAAUUUGAAAAUAUUACAAAAAUUGCUUCAUAUGUACAAGGUGGUGUUCUAGUGUUUUUUGGAAUAUUUGUAACGAUUUUUGGAGUUCGUGAAUUUAUGGAUAUUAAAAUGGACGAAGAAACUUCCAGUUUACUUGAUAGAGUCGAUUUUAAUAACAAAGAGGAGAUUGAAUCUAACACAUCCUCUAUGUCCGAUCACAAUCAAUUAUUACCGCCUGGAAGUGCAUUAAAUAGAAAUCUUAGUAAUGCAAGUAGUGCUUAUAGUAGUUCUUCUAGUAAUAGUAAUGGCAGUAUAAACAGAUAUCCUCCUAUGACACCAUAUUCUGGAGUACCGGGGAGAAAUCCAGUACCAUCAAAUUAUCCUCAUCCAAAUGCUACUAAUUUAUCAC